AACCAUAUAACAGCUGACUGCUGAUGAACCUGUAAUUUGUAAAUUGCUUAUGUUUGCGAAACUUUUUAUUUUUUUGUGUAAUAAAACAGUUUUCAAACAAAAAAGUAAAAGUUGUGUAUUCAAAUAAAUUCGCAACGUGUUCGAUAAGUACAAUCGUUGGAAAUUUGCAAAUUUUUUUAACAACAAAACUAACACCAUAACUUAUUAUAGCUACAUAUAUCAAUGGUUUAUCAUAUGUGAAAAUGUUUAUCUUUAUUUAAAAAAGAAAGCAAAGCCAAAUGAAAUAUAUAUGUAUUUAAGUAUUUAACUAAGCAGAUUUGAUACAGUUGGAUUAAGCACAUCGUUAACUAAUAAUGGUAUCGAUAGGGCAUAAACGUUUGAUAAUUUUGUUUGCAUUAUGUGUGGUACUCUUGAUCCUACGACAUCUGUUCAUCAAGGGUUUUAUCUACGUUCCAGAGCCUGCGUCAGAGCCAGCACGCUUACCCGGAAUGCCCGUGUUGGUGACAGUGUUCUAUGAAGCAUUAUGUAGUGAUUCAAAGCAUUUCAUAAUCAAACAAUUAUUGCCGGCUUAUAAACAAGCUGCGCCACUCAUGGCAGUUGAAUUGGUGCCCUAUGGCAAAGCACAAACAUAUAAACUUUCAGAUGGCACAUAUCGUUUUGAGUGCCAACAUGGCAAUGUCGAAUGCGAAGCUAACAUGUAUCAUUCCUGUAUAAUUGAGAGCGUUGAAAUUGAACUUCGCCUCAAUAUGAUUGCGUGUAUGAUACAUGAUAAUCGAAAUCCCAAAGAAGCUAUGCUAAAGUGUGCCCGCCAAUAUGGUAUUACAAAUACUGAUUUCAUACAAAAAUGCAUGAGCAGUGGUCAUGCUGCAGAAUUACUAAAGAUUAACGGUGAGGCCACACAUGCAUUACGUCCGCCAGUUAGUUUUAUACCCACUAUCACACUGGAUGGUAAUCAACAUGGACAGCCAGCCAUUUUAAAAGACUUGUUGGGUGAAGUAUGCAAAAUAUUUGGCGAUACAGAGAGAGCCGCAGAAUAUUGCACGCCAUAGAAUAAAUAUUGGAAGUUUGCCAAAUGAAAUAGUAGCUAUGUAAUUUCAACGCAACACGUAUGAACAAAAGCAUUUUUUAAUACUUAUCAUUUUAAAUUUUUACGCUAAAAUUCUAUAUAUGUGAAUUUGAUAAAUUUAAGCUAAAAAUGUCAAAAAUCAAUUAUGUAUAAUGCACAAAGGGUAAACUAUAUAUUAAAAAAAAAAAACACUUUCACAUGAGAUUACUCUUAAACGUGGUGUAUGUAAAAACUAAGCAAAAAUUGUAUUAAUAUUCACAUAUAUGUACAAAGAUUUGCUUGUCAAAUCUCUAAAUAAACCGCAUUUUGUCUGUUGCAAUGAGCAAACUUAAAACAAGAAGUCAAAAAAUUCACUUCAAAAUAAAUUAUAGUUGCAACUAUGAAAUCUACUGCUGAUAUGCAGCACUUAUUUCGUAUGAAAUUGUUACAUUUAAGCUAAAAAUGUAUGUACUGUGUAUUUACAAAUCAUUUAUAAACAACAAAGUGUAAACAACUUUCAAAUGAUAUUACUCUUAAAUGUGGUGGAUAUAAAAAUAAAAAUGUUAAUACAAAUGUCUUCAUAGAUAGAUGUACAAACUUUUGCUUGUCAAAUGGUUACUAAAACACAAUUUGUCUGAUGUAAUGAAAGAAUUUUAAAAUACAUAUAUGUACAUGUGAAAAUUUCCAUUUCAAAAGAGUAGCAGGUAACCUAUGUAUUUUGCUGAUGUAAUGGAAGAGAUUUGAAAUAUAUGUAAGUGAAAUCUUCAAUUUUAAA